UUUCACAAAACACUGCAAGUGAUAAUGUAAAAGAGCCCUUUAAAGUCCCACCGUACUGCUUGAGGAAGAGUAUCGAUACAUUUUGUCCUGUAAAUCGAGAAAAGCCCCGUUGCUCGGUGUUGUUUGCCAAGUCUCCACUCUCGGGGACUUGCCUCAGCAGCUGUUCAAGAUGCCACUGAACAAUGAGCGUCCCACCUCCACGUCAACGGUGGCCAGUGAGGACCAGAACAGCGAUACCGAGUCAUCGGAAAGGUGCGACAGCUUGACUUCGUGCAGCGAUGUGGAUUGUUCUCGUCAGAGCUUUACCAGCAAUUCUUCAAGCAAACACAACUCUCCUUCUUGCAGUCCACCAAAACCCCUAACGCUUGAUGAGGUUAUGGCUUCAGCCCGGGACCUGUCUAAUCUGAGCCUGGCUCACGAGAUCGUAGUCAACCAUAAAUUCCACCUUGAGCCUCCGGAACUACCUCAACACAGCUUGGAGAAAAGGGUGAAAGAUAUAGUGCACAAGGCUUUCUGGGAUUGUCUUGAAGGAGAGCUGAACGAAGACCCUCCUGAGUACGAUUACGCCAUUAAACUUCUGGAAGAGAUCAGAGAUACCCUGCUGUCCUUUCUCAACCCUGGUGCAAACCGCCUACGUACUCAGAUCAUGGAGGUUCUGGACAUGGACCUUAUACGCCAGCAGGCUGACAACAAUGCGGUCGACAUCCAGGGGCUUGCUUCCUACAUCAUUAAUACUAUGGGAAAGUUCUGCGCACCGGUCCGAGACGAUGACAUCAAGAAACUCAAGGAAGGCUCUGGGGACAUAGUGAAACUGUUAAAGGAGAUCUUUCGGGUUUUGGACCUCAUGAAAAUGGACAUGGUGAAUUUCACCAUUCAGAGCUUUAGACCCGAACUUCAGAGGCAGUCUGUGGAGUAUGAAAGAGCUAAAUUCCAGAGCAUUCUGGAAAGAACUCCCGGCGCUUUGGAUCACACAACUGAGUGGAUCAAAGCAUCAAUAGAGGAGGCCACUCAGCUCAUGCCCCUGGCUGACAAGAGCGGUGAUUCGGGUAAAGGCAAGAAGUCCCUACCAGGGCCCAUACUGGUUCUUAAUACUGCCUACAUUAAACUGCUCACCUGGGAUGAGAGCAAUGGUCCUCUGCCUGAGACCUUGAUGACAGAUGAAGUGAGGUUGCUGGAAAUGCAGAAGUCUCUUAAGCUCUACCAAGCUGUCGCAUCUGUUCUGCUCAUAGUCUGCAGCUCUAUAGGAGGGCCCGUGUCAAGCCUGCCAGCUCUUGUUGAGAGACUAAAAAAGAUGAUAGCGGUGCUGCUGGAGGGAAUGCAUGGCACAGAAUUCAACCUGACUGAAUCUCUCGGAAAUGUCAGUGAUCUGAUCUGUUGUGAGAUCAACAAGUCACUGGGAGAAAGAAACUUCCCUUUUCUCCCCGUUGAACUCCAGGGUACUCUGAAAAGCUUGAUCUGUGAUGUCGCCCUGGAGAAUAACCCAAUGCGCACUCUUGUUGAGGCGAGAGUGCAGCAGUAUUUCAGGGUGGUCCUCGCCUCUACCAGUUCACACAGGGCACCCACUCCCGUCCCACCAGGGUUGGGCCUGAUUCAACAGGAGCUCAGGGCCCUGGGGGCGAGUUUUUCCAACCUUGUCAACUACAACAAAAAGGUUUACACACCUUUCUACAUCAGCAUCCUGAAGACGCUCCUUUUUGACAUGCAGGAGCCAGGGGCCAAUCCUCAUAUCACACACCAGCCCAAUGGAGUCCAAAUGAGUAAAUAGAGGUUGUGGAUGCCAGAUAUUUCACUUAUGUGUUUAGUAAAGAAUAAGAUGUAUAAUAAUAUACCAAGUUUCAGAUUCAACUGCAGUACAAAGAAGACUGAAGAACAUGUCCUAUGGUGCUGAAAAUGGGAAAUGAUUGAUUUUGAUUGUAAGGAUAACUUUGUUACGAAGAAACUGUUCCUUGCCAAGUAUUUUUGCAUCUCUAACUGUGGUUCUUGCCUGACAGUGUUACUGCAGUACAUAUAGUAUAUUGACAAAUAAAGUUUUUGUGCAGGGCAAAAAAAACAAUUCUAUACUUAAAAUUGUUAAAGGCAGAGAGCCAAAAUAGGCUAAAAUAUUUGCAUAGAGAAAAAAUAUUAGUAAACGAAUUUGCUUCGAGAUACCAGUGUGUUAUCCGAUGACUAUUUUCCAACAUAAUGUUUAAUUAUCAUUAAAAAUAUGUUCAUCAGAUCAUGAAAAUCAGUGACAAUGGAAAAUAAUAGAUUUUGUUUGUAAUACAAUAGUAUCGUAUUUCUAUUGUCAACCAUGUUUAAGCUUUGAAACUUUAAAAUUUUGUAUAAAAAGGAAAAAACCUGAAUUGACAAAGACAGGGACAGGGACAGUCCGGAUCUCCGUUUAUUUAAUUUCCUUAACACGUCCAAUGUUAAAUUUGGUUUUGCUAUUGAAAGUGUUAUUAUCAGAGGAUCUGCAUGUUUUCCUUAUUUAUCCUUUUUCUUUUUAAACGGCACGUUUUGAAAAAAAUACGAAAAGGUUUUGUAUGAUGUUUGUAUGUUCUUGUGCUUUGGUUACAGGCAUGUUUGUUUAUAAUAAUUUAGGGAAUUGUCUUCAUAUGUUACUCUUUAGUAAAGUUCUGUUGAUGGGUUUUUAGCUAUUAUAUUGUCUGUUUUAGAAAUAUCUUUUUUGGCCAUUUUGAUAGGCAAUUGUUGCACCUUUUCAAUUUGUUUGUUUACCAUGUUUAAGAAUCCUUUUAAAAACAUAUUUGAUGUACCUUGACAAACACUGAAGAAAAUAAAGUGUGAAACUUAAUUUUGA